AUGGAAGAUGAAGAUGAACCUCCCGCUGACCUUGUGCCAGCUGACAAUGUUCACGCGUGGUUGUCAUAUCUUCGCAAAGAGCUUCCAACAGUCGCCUUCAAAGCUUCAACGCAGCAGCAGAACAGCAAUCUGGGCAGGGCCGGACAUGCGAUGGUUUCGACUCGUAAAAGUAUUGGAGCCGAUCUGUUGUUGAAUGUGCUCGGCAAUUAUUGUCGAAACCGCGGUAUCAAGACCGUCAUAAGGGUCGGUAUAGUGGGCUACCCCAAUGUUGGCAAGAGCAGCAUCAUCAACAGCUUGAAACGAAGUCUUGCGUGUGUCGUUGGUGCGGUUCCGGGUGUCACGAGGACAGCGCAGGAAGUACACCUGUCGAAGAAAAUCAGACUGAUUGAUACACCGGGUGUGGUAUUCGCCACUAAGGGAUGUUUCGAUAAAGCAGAGCUUGCUCUAAAGAACGCUUUCCGCGUCGAGAAACUCGAGGACCCGGUUUUUCCUGUGGGGGCUGUGCUACGGAGGUGUACAAAGGACAAACUUAUGCUACACUAUCGCAUUGCAGAAUUCAAAGAUUUGAACGAGUUUCUAAGUUUGGUCGCACGGAAGAUCGGCAAGUUACGCAAAGGAGGUGUGCCGGAUAUUGAGGCAGCGGCCAGAAUCGUGCUUCUCGAUUGGAACAACGGGCGCAUUCGGUAUCACUCAUUGCCGCCGGAAACCUUCGAAGGGGCGUCGUACAUCAACAGUGAAAUCGUCGCUGAAAUGAGUAAAGAAUUCAACUUGGACGACCUCUCUGAUGGCCAGUCGUUAGUCAUUAAACAGGUGUUUCCUUGGAUGACGAGCCUUUUCACCGAUUACUAUUCAAGUCGUUGUGCUUUCGUUAAUUAUGCUGAUGUGCGCCAUUACAGUGACGGUCCUCAAUGUUCUGAAUUCGUUUGUGAGUCUAUCAUGAAAGGUGACGAUGGUGACGUAGGUCAGGAAUGGUACUACGUACCUGAGGAUUGUGCUCCAAAGUUUACCGGUAGCUCGAUUUCUCUCCGGUCCGAAACAGAUGUAGAACAAAUGGAACUUGAUGUCGUGCCGGACCUGGUGGAAGUAGAAGCUGCAACGCCAAAGGAAACAGCCAGUUCUCCGAGUGAUGAACUUACGUCGUUGUUUCAGACGGAGGGUAAUCAGCGAAUCGGCCAUGAUAUGAAGCUGGCACGUAAGAAGUUGAAGAAAAAGAAAGCUCGAGUUGGUAAACUUGCAGACAAACUAUCUGAACGAAUGGAAGCCGCCGUGUCCUUGUCUACGGAACCAGCGUACAAUUUUGAGACUGAUUUCACAUGA